AUGUCGAACGAUCGUAUUUCUAGCAUGGAGGCCGGCCGGUCCGGCGGCUACAGCGAUGACCCUGCGUUCCGGGACCUGCAGUCGGAGCUCAAAGGCAAGCUUCAGACGCUGCUCACCAACAACCGCAAGCUCUCCAACGACCUCACCGUCCUCGGCACGAAAAAAGAUACGCCGCGUCUGCGGGAGCGCGUACACAACACGAUGGAGAAGACGCGCGAAAUCUGCCGGGACAUUGGCGAGGGCGUGAAGAAGUUUCAGUCCUGGGAGGACCUCUCGAAGCAGCAAAAAUACGAGCAGACCAAGAUCUCGAGCGACUUCCAGGCGGCCCUGCAAGAGUUCCAGGGCCUGCAGCGCAAAGCCCUCGACAGGGAACGCGCCUCCGUCUCAGCGGCCCGGGCCGUGCAGGACGGCGGCGAGGCGGGCGGCGAGGACAGCGCGCCCCUGGAGCAGUUGCAGCGCCAAGAGUUUGUCCAGGUCGCCGACCAGGACGAUGUGGACUUUCAGGAGGCACUGAUUGUUGAGCGGGAAGAGGAGAUUCGCAACAUUGAGCAGGGCGUGGGCGACUUAAACGUGCUGUUCCGACAGGUGGCGCACAUUGUCAGCGAGCAGGGCGAGUCGCUCAACACGAUUGUGGACAAUGUCGAAAACGUCCGCGACGACACUAGACAGGCCGACAUUGAGAACCGACAGGCGGCACGAUACCAAAAGGCAGCCCGAAACAAGGGAUUCUGCCUGCUGCUGAUUCUGGGUGUCAUCAUGACUAUUGUCCUGCUGGCUAUUUUCCUGGGCUGA